AUGACAUUCUCAGAACCCCUCAAACUCGAACCAAACACACUCUACAUCCUCCUCCUUGAUCGAGGAAACACAUAUCUCUUUCACUGGGAACUAUAUCUCGCCCAAACAGCCAUAACAGGAACGGUUUUUCACAUAAUCAACGAAGGCGGUCCCACAGCCUGGGAAUACAAAAGCGAGCCAACAAGCGAAAUCUCAACUCUCGGUCGACUGGUACUAGCCCUUCAAAUCGGGACUGUGUCACCAGUUCUACAUGCUGCGCUGGCAGAUAGACUGGCGAUUGUACCCUUGACGCUGUACUCGGCACGAUAUCGGGAGACCUUGAAUUGUGUUGUUUGGGUGCUGGAGGCGCUGUUUGCCCUUGAUGAUGAGGGGUAUAUGUCUCUGCGCAUUGGAAUUCGGGAGAUUGAGCAGGAGGCUAAGCAGAUUGGUAUGAUGAAUAAGAGUCAGUGUAUUAGGACUCUUGUUAGAAGUCGUGCAUUUGCGAAGUAG